AUGGACUUCGACAACGGAGUAGUUUCCUUGGUCCCCGUGAGCUCUGCGCCUCGUCAGCGACGACAAAGGCGCGGUCCACUUGACCUGGGAAGCUUCCUGGAGAAGCUCCGCACGACAGCCACGUCUGCCCUGAUCCCGGCGGCGGAUAGCCGAGAAGCUAUAUUGGAAAAGAUUGCGCAAGCCGAAUAUGCCUUGAGAGACCAGAGCACGUACCUGGAGAACUUGAGGAUUGAGCAGGAGCAGCUUCAGUCGCGCGUGGAGGAAAACGUUAGAGUGAUUCACGACCUGGAAGUCCAUAUAACGGAUUACAGCAACGAAACAUGGCACGGAGACGUCCGUCUCGCCGAUCAGCGCGAUCGGACGCAGACUCUCAGAUACCGCUGCGAAGCUCGAUGGACGUCAUUGAAGGAGGUGAUGAAAGCUCAGGAACAGCUCUUGCGCCAGGCCCUGGAUGAAUGGAAGAAGAGCGACGAUGCGGGUGUGCAGAAGGACGCGAUUGAGAUGGUGGAGAGAUCUAUACUUGAUCUUGACAGAGCUUGGACGGAGUAUAAGGAGGCCGCGGCACGAUUAGCUGCGGAGCAUACAGAGAUUCGCCAACGAACGCAGGAUACCUUACGCCGCGACACCGAAGAAGCGCAGGGUCACUCCAAGUUCCAGAACCAGGAGAUCAGCAAUGACGAGAACUCGGAUGGGGUUGCAGAAUGGGUGUUUGACGAAAUGCGGUCUAUCGAGCGACGCAUCAGGGAAAGCACGGGUCGGAUGGAGGUUCUGAAGACGAUGCUGAAGGAUUGA